AUGGAGGAGGCGCAGCGUAAGGCGGACGAGAUGCUGGCGGAGCUGCAGGCGGGGAGCGGAGCGGAGGAGAAGGCGGAGCGGAUGGAGGCGGCGGUGGAGUACUUGGCGGGCCUUCCGCCCGACAUGCGCGCGACCGUGCUGCCCGACGCGCUGCCGCGCCUGUUAGAGCUUCAGGCGGACUCGACGUUUCUCGUCCGGAAAAACUCGGUCGAGCUCUUCUACCGCCUCGGCUCUUCCAUAAAGCAUCGCGACGCCUCUGCGCUCAUGGCCUCCGCGCUCGCCGCCAUCAUCCGCUCCUGUCCGCCCAUGCCCCUCCCCGCGCCCCCCCCUUCCGCCGCCUCCGCGCCCCCCGCGCCGUCCCCUGCUACUGCUGCGGCGCUCACGCCUCUGCCCGCGCGCCUGGCCCCCGCGGCUGUGGCGACCACCAAGGCAGUCAAGCACGCCAUCUCCGCUGCUUCUGCCCUUGUCAAAGGCGCCUUCGCUGCUGUCACUCCCGUUACAGGCGAGCCCCAGGCGUGGUCAGAGGCAUGGGAGCAGGUAGCAGCGCUGGUGCCGCUGAUAAGGGACAUGCUGCCAGGGCAGUACCCGGACAGCGUGCGCGUGCAUGCAGUGGGCUUCACAGAGAUGCUCGUUCUGCUCGGCCGACCAGGCGGCAAAACUGCUGCUGCUUCUUCUUCUUCUGCUGCUGCUGGUAGUGGUGGUAACGGCAGCAGUGGGCAGAACGGGAGCAGCGGAAGGGACGGGGCGGAUGGCACAGACAUGGCAAACGGAGUGUUGCAUCUCCCCGACCCUGACUCCGACCCAUGGCUUAAAGCCCAGUCCCUCGCCUCCCUCUCCGCCCUCACCUCUCUGCUGCAACCCCCCGCAGUCGCCUCGCUCUCCCCCCCGCUCCUCCUCACGCUCACCAGCAGCCUUGCUGGUAUCGCCCGCCGCUGCCCCGCUCUUUAUAGUUACAUUGUGCCGGCGCUGGUGGGGAUUGUGCCGCCCACUGCCACGUCAGCGGCGUCGGCGCCGGUGGCGGUGCCAAGUGGGGAGGAGAGUGGGUGUGGGGUGGUGCAGAAGCUGCUGCAGGCGUCGGGUAGUGUGAGGCAUGGCGUGCGGGCGGCGCUGCUUGUCAUGUUGCGGCUCAUGCCGCUCGCUCCAGGCGGGAUGAAGUGGCGGGACUGCUUAACAUCACUCCUGAAGGAGUCACUGGGAGCAGGAGAGGCCGUCGACUCAUCUCUAAGGCACAUCGACCGCUCCCUUCGCAACUCUGCCGCUGCUGCCUCUGCAGCUGCAGCUGCCGCCGCCGCCGCCGCUGCUGCUGCUGAUGGUCCCUCUGGUGCUUCUGGUGUUUCUGUGGGGGGUACUGGUGCGGGUGGGAGUGGUGGUGGGGCUGGGAGUGGUGCUGCUACUGCUGGUGGAGGAGGUGGUGGGGGGGGCGAGGGAGCAGCAGCAAAGGCGUCUGCAGGGUCAGGGAAGGCUGCUGGCCGGCCUGCUGAUCCACGGCGCAUCCGACCGUCCACUGCUGCCCAAGCCAGCACAGCCACUCCUGCUGGUAAUACACCAGCAACAGCAGCAGGAGGAGCAGGAGGAGACAGGAACACAGCCGCAGCAGCAGCAGCAGCAGCAGCGGCGGCAGCAGCAGCAGCAGCAGAGGCAGUAGCCGUAGACCCAUCAGCAGCUACCCUGCCAGUGGAGCAGCUGGUAACCCUUCUGAGUGCGCUGGUGGCGAGGGGCAGCGAGGGCAUGCUGGCAGUGGAUGCUCUGAUCGCCUCUCUGCCCCCCGGCAUGCUGGCCGACCUGGUCAUUGAAUUCAUGCAGCACCUCCCUCCCUCUCCCCCUCCCGCUGCUGCCGCUGCCGGUGCUGCUGCUGCUGAAGGCGCUGCUGCUGGUGCUGGUGCUGGUGCUGCUGCUGGUUCUGCUGGUGCUGGUGGUGAUGGUGCUGGUGCUGGUGGUGAUGGUGCAGGUGCUGGUGGUGGUGGUGAGGAGGAGGGAGUGGUGGAUGGUGAUGGGAAGAGGGAGGCUGGCAGGGGUGGUGCGCGUCGCCAUGACCCUCGAAGAGUGAAGGCCAAGGCAGAGGAGGCCACUGGUGCUGCUGCUGCUGCUGUAGCAGGCACUGUGAAGGAUGAGCAAGGGCUACAGCCGCCGCUACAUCCUGCAGCAGACAGGACAACAGAUGCCACACGCCCCAAGCCAGAAGACGCAGGCUUGCAGACUGGCCUCCCUGCUUCUGCUGCUGCUGACACAUCUGCUAUCGUUCCUACUGCUGCCACCACCGCUGUUGCUUCUUCUGCUGCUGCUUCUGGUGUCUCUGGUGCGUUGGUGCCAGUACCCUCCACCCCUGUAGGUCCUCCAGCCGCCCCUCUCCCUCCCCGCCUUGCAGCCUACCUCUCGGUCCCACGCACCCCCGUGGCCCUGGUUCCACUCUCGCCGCCCCAGCUGGCUGCAGCUCAGCAGGCAGCAGUGUGCAGAGUCGUGGCGGGGGGUUGCAGAGCGGUGCUGCUGGGUGAAGCGGGGCUGUGGGUGGCGCUGCUGGUGGGCAUGGUGAGGGGAGCAGAGGAGGAGGAGCAGCAGCAGCAGGUGCUGGAUGCGCUGUUGAAUUACCUGCUGGCAGACUACAACCGGGUCAAGGGCUCGCAGGUUGUGCUCUCCGUGCUGCAUGCUCUCGCACUGGAUCACUCUUCCCCUCCGCCCUCCUCCUCCUCCUCCUCCUCCUCCUCCUCCUCCAACGUCCCUGCUCUCCCUGCACCCCCACCAACGUCGUCAUCACCCGCAUCGGCACAAGAUGCUUCAGCAGCAGGAGCAGCAGGAGCAGCAGCAGCUGGCGAUGCUAUGCAAGUGGAUGGCAGGGGCCUGGGGGGUGCCACUGCUGCGGGUGCUGCGACUGCCGGUACUGCUACUCUUGCCACCAAUCCAGCUGGCGGCGCGAAGGACUUGGUAUCUCCUCAGAUCCCUGCUCUCUACACGUCGUUCUUCUCUCGCGUGCUGAAGUCCCUCCUCUCGCCCUCCUCCGCUGCUGCUGCUGCUGCACCUGGCGGGCUCAAGUCCCUCCUUCUGCCUCUCUUUGUUGAAGCGCCCUUCCUCCCACCCGUGCUUCUGAACCUGCUGGGGCAGGCGUGUGGGUUGGAGGGCCUUGGGCGGAGGGAGGGCGAGAGGGGGACAGGCGGAGAAAGGGGGGCUGGGGCUGGGAGAAAGAGAAGAUUAGAAGAGAGGGGUGAUGGGGAUGAGGGGGAAAAGGCAAGGGAUGUGGAAGGAGGAAAGGGGGAGGGAAGAGAAGGAGAGGCGGGAGACCGGAGAGAGCCGGGAGAUGGGGCAGAGGGAGGGGAAGCGGAGCAGGACCCAGAGGGACCAAGGUCAGAGGAAGAGGUAAAGCAGGUGAAAGAGUCCCUCGUGGUGCUCUGGCGGCUGCUAGUGCUGCGCCCGCCCGUGCGCAGGAGAUGUCUGGCCAUGGCUUUACAGUGUGCAGUGCACCCGCACCCGGACAUCCGAUCCAAGGGCGUGGCGCUGGUGGCCAACCGCCUCCACGCCCUGCCGUACCUCACAGUGCCCAUCGAGCGGUAUGCACUCAAGCAGCUGCUGUCUCUGCCCACCAUGGCUCUGCCGGCACCGAUGCCGGUUUCUGCUGCUGCUGCUGAUUCUGCUCCGGGUGCUGCUGGUGGUAAUGCUGCUGCUGGGGAUGCUGGUGGUGCUGGGGAUGCUGGUGGUGGGAAGGAAGGAGUGGGAGGGGAGCAGGGAGGGGCAGCAGGGGAAGCGGGGCAGGCAGGCGAGGGAGGGGCGGCGGGGCAAGCAGGUGGGGGAGGGGGAGGGGGAGGUGCAGCGGCGCAGCUGUCAGGGGAGCAGCAGAAGGCAGUAGGGCACGAGGUGGAGAGGCGACUGGCGCUCUUCUGUGCGCUCUGCUCCCGGAGACCAUCCCUACUGGCGGAGUUCUUCCGGGUGUUUGGGCAAGUCAACCCCGUGGCCAAGCGGGUCAUGCUGCGCGACCUGCUGCCGCCCAUGCUCGCCACACUCCCCCCCACCACUCCCGACCUCCUCACACUCAUCUCCAACCCCCCAGAGGGCUCAAUGCGCCUCUUGCUCAAGCUGCUGCACUGUGUGGCGGACCCACCACGCCCGUCCGCCCUGCCCCCGCCCUUCAUCGCUGCAGUCAAAACCCUCUCUGCUGCCAGGCCCGUUGAGCCAGAGCUCCUCAUUCCCAUCCUGCCCUUCCUCUCCAAAAACGAGGCUCUGGAGGUGUUUCCGCGCCUGCUGCACCUGCCUCUGGAGCUCUUCAAGAUCGCUCAGGACCGCCUGCUGCAGGGCUCCCCUCACACGCCGCCAGCGCUAACAGCAGUGGAGCUCAUGACCACACUGCACGCUGUGCAACCCAAGAGGGACAACGUUCCGCUGAAAAAGAUCAUGGCGGUGUGUUCCUUCUGCAUCUCGCAGCGCGCCAUCUACACACAGCAAGUCAUUGCCAAAGUGCUCAACCAGCUGGUCGGACAGACGCCCCUCCCCAUGCUACUCUUCCGCACCGCCAUGGAGUCUGUCGCAGCCUUCCCUGACAUUGCAUCGUUUGUGGCGGACAUACUCUCGCGCCUCAUAACCAAGCAGGUGUGGAGAGCCCAUCCACAGCUGUGGCUGGGCUUCAUCAAGUGCUGCCUCGUUACAAAGCCACUCUCUUUUCCUGUCCUCCUACAACUGCCAGCAGCACAGCUGGAAGAUGCGCUGAAUCGAGAGCCGUCGCUCCGCCCCGAACUUGCUGCACAUGCCGCACAACCAUCCGUGCAGCCCUCCGUUCCCCGAGCGUCCCUGGUCCUUCUGGGAGUCAUCACACAAGAUCUUGGAGACGCUCCAGCUGCGGGAGCUUCGGCAAUUGCUACUGCUUAG